AUGCACGCCUCCAUCCUCGCCCUCGGCACUGCCGCCCUCGCUGGUUUCAGCUCGGCCCAGACUACCUCGCAGCAAAACUACCCCUACACCAUUGACCCAAACACCGUCUCAGAGUCUGACAGAACUUUCUGGUGUGACCAAAACAUCGCCCAAUGUCCCCUCAUCUGCCUCCAACAACCAGGCGUUACCUCCAUGUCUACCGAAGAAAACUCUUGCGACUCUACAGCUCUGACCUACACUUGCGUUUGCGAAAACGGCGUAGUACCCAAUGUCACACAGUACUCGCAGACCCUCCCUUUCUUCAUCUGCCAGGAGUGGGGAAACAACUGCGUUGCAAACUGCCGAGGCGACAACACCUGCCAGUCCAAGUGCCGAUCCGAUCAUCCCUGCGGUGCACAAAGCCCCUUUUUGGGUAAUGCAUCCCUCUCCUCGACGGCCACUGCCGGUCCAACCGGUGGCGCCUCCGCGACGAAUUCGAUUCCCAUCACUGGGUUCGGUGGACAACAGCCUACAGGGAGUAGCUCCUCGGGCAACACGGGCGCUGCAUCCACGGGCUUCGUGCCCAAUGCUGGCCUGAGCUUGGCCGCCGUGUUUGGCAGCGUAUUCCUCGGUUUCGCUAUCCUCUUGUAG